AUGGUCUCUUUCAAAGUGAAGGCGACCCCGACUCGGUCGACAGAAGUAGCUGUCGCCCAGGCCAAGGCACCCGAAUUGAACCAUGUCAAUUGGCGAACUGAUCCGGGUUUGAGGAAGCUAUCCUUCUUCGCAGGCGUCAUUUGUGUCGCUUCUGCUACUACUGAUUACGAUGGCUUACCUAUCGUGCCUUUCAUCGCUGAUCGAUUUGGAGGAAAAUUUGCCAUUAUCACUAGUUGCGUUAUUAUGCUGAUUGCUACUGCGGUGCAAGGCGCCUCACAAAAUCUUGCCAUGUUCAAGGGAGGUCGUUCCCUCAUGGGUUUCGUCAAUUCUAUGGUACAACUUUCAUCCCCAUUAUUAUUGACUGAAUUCUGCUACCCCCAACACAGAGGACGAAUCACUGCGAGCUUGUGGAAUUUGGGAGCUAUCGUAAACACAUGGCUCUCAUUUGGCACGAAGAGAAUUCCCUCUGAAUGGUCAUGGCGCAUUCCCACCAUUAUUCAGGGUGCCCCGUCCCUGAUUCAGCUCAUCUUCAUCUUCUGGUGCCCAGAAAGCCCUAGAUGGCUCAUUUCGAAAGAUCGCACUGAUGAGGCUCUAGCAAUUCUGUCAAAAUACCACGCCAAUGGUGACAGUGCAUACCCAACCGUCCAAUUCGAGUAUGCAGAAAUCAAGGAGGCCAUCCGUCUGGAAUCCAUUUAUAAGAAAUCUUCCAGCUAUCUUGACUUCCUGAAGACUCAAGGCAACCGACACCGCCUCCUUCUCGUCGGUUCAUUGGGUCCUUUUUCUCAAUGGUCUGGCAACGGCCUCGUGGCAUAUUGCGCAACUGAUAUUUACAAGCCCAUUGGUAUCACUAGCUCGCAUAGCAGUUGGGGCUCAAUGGGGGUCAAAAUAUCCUCUCAUUGA